AUGGUAGCUGGGGAAAGCGGACGGCACUUUUUCGUGUGGCCAGCACGUUUCGACCCACGAUCGUCUGAUUCGUUCGGGUUCUACGUGAUAUUAGCUAUACCUUAUGCUGAAAUAGUCAAUUGGUCCAGACUUGUGGCUCAUAAUCGCGAUGAAUUGAGACGAAGACAGACUUUCAGACUAUUUACGACAGUCAAGGGCGAUCUGGACCGUCCGGUUGCUCAAUCACUCGAGCUGUUGACAACAUUUGUUGCGUCCUUUUCGCAUUGGUCCACCUCCAGCUGGGACAGGCAAAAUCUAAAGAAUCGGACAGAACCCACCGAACUAAGGCGCAUAGGCCAAUCUGCCGAAACCAUUGAGACAGGUUUGCUGAAACCCUUCGCAGACCUUUGCCUGGAUCACCCUCAACUGUCGUUCUUCUACAUAACUCAUGCGGUGCUGACAGAUAUUGUCUUGACGACUCACAUCUCUUCAAAGCCAAUUGUCCUCUUCUCAACUUCGCGUCCGCCCUUCUCGCGCUUUGGGGCUUCCGGACAGGACUAG